CACAAUGAAUAGCAAGCACGCACCGGAUAAAGCUUUCCUCAACCCUUUCUAGCGAAUUCCACUGAAAAUAGAAACAAAUUUUACUCUCUCUCCUCUCUCUAGAUUUCAGUGCUUCGGAGAUGAGCAGAAAGUUGGAUUCGUCUUUCAAGCUCUGAAAAAAAAGCUCGAGAGGAAACUCCCCUGGUAUUUCAACUGAUUCUCAAUAGAAUAGCUCUGUUUUCAGCUCAGCUGACAGUUUGAUUCAUCCAUCGCUUCAAACUCUGAGCCGAGCUAUGUACGGAACGAUGUCGAGGGACACGAAUCCCUUGUUUUCUUCGACUUUAAAGCAAACAGACGGAGAGCUUGUGAAGAACAGAGAAUCGAUGAACACAGAUCUGUAUCAGCAACAACACCACAAUCAGAACAGCUCUGGCCUGAUGCGGUACCGUUCCGCGCCGAGCUCGUUCUUUUCUAACCUCGUAGGCGGCGGCGGGGGUGAGGAUCCGGAGUCGGAAAUCAUGUUCACUAAGUUCAUGUCCGCCGUUGGAUCCGGUGAUUCUGGGCCGCAGGAUCUGCAGUUCACGAUAAAGCACGAGACGACGCCGGAGCAGGAGAACCAGUAUUCUGGUGCCCCAAAUACGGCGCCGUUGGUUUACCGGGCUCCAGUGGACCAGAAUCCUUUUUCAAAUCAUGGUGAUUCGGGGUGUGGUAAUGAUACAAGUCUGAGUCCGGUGCGGGGGAAGGGCCCGAAUCUGGUACGGCAGAGCAGCUCUCCGGCGGGGCUUUUCUCAAACUUGACGGUUGAAAAUGGAUUUUCUGUUAUGGGUGAUGUGGGAAACUUUAGAGUUGGCAAUGGAACCAAUGGAAAAGCCAGUCCAACUAAAAGGUUGAAUGGUCAUAUAAACUUUUCAUCUGGGACAUCUUCUUGCUCAAGAUUCAUGCCGCAGAUUUCUGAGAAUGCAAAUGAGAGCAGUAGUCCAGAUAAUGAGCACCUAGAGAAUGAUAAUAGCAGCAAUGGGUUUUAUGUACCCAGCUUUCCUAAUGAUUCCUGGAAUGAUUCUGGGUUCACUGGCCAAAAGAGAAACAGAGACGGUGAAGAGAAGUUCUCUGGUUUCAAUGCAUUGGAAAGUCAGCAUCGGGACUCCAGAAAUUAUGCUACUGGUUUAACUCACCAUUUGAGCUUGCCAAAAACUUCUGCUGAGAUGGCUGCUGUAGAAAAGUUUUUGCAAUUUCAACAAGAUUCUGUCCCGUGUAAGAUCAGGGCCAAAAGAGGUUUUGCAACACACCCACGAAGCAUUGCAGAGAGGAUGAGAAGAACGCGUAUUAGUGAAAGAAUGAGAAAACUGCAAGAACUUUUCCCAAACAUGGACAAGCAAACAAACACAGCGGAUAUGUUGGAUUUGGCUGUUGAGUACAUUAAAGACCUUCAGAAACAGGUUAAGACUCUCGAAGACACUAGGUCAAAGUGCACGUGUUCAAGUAAGCAGAAUCAAUCUUCAAAUCCUAGUGGUUGACUUGCUCUUUUACUGAUAUUCAUAGCGACGGAAAGUUGGAAAGGAAACAGAUAGCAAAGCUAACUUAUCUUUUUCAAUGCACUGAUAAAUAGUAGGUGGGCAUGAAACAGAAAGUUGGUGUAAUCUUCGCUGAAUCCUGUGGAUAAUUAUUGCUUGUUUAGCGAUAAUAGCUAAGCCCAUGGCCAUGUUGUAACUUAUUUUUGUAGAAUUUACUCUGGGUGAUUGAGAAGUUAAACCAACUUGAGAUGAUACAAUGGUAAUGGAUGGCUAUACCAGUGUAGGAGUAUUUUGUAUGCUGAGUACGUCAAUAUUUCCUUUUGCGACGUGAUCUGCAUUUAAUGGUAUUGCUCGCUCUUCAUUUAACUGCAUUAA